GCGAACUGCUCGAGUCAGGCUCCCGGUUGCCUUUAAGGGCGUUUUUGGGGGAGGCGAGGGGAGCGGAGCGGGGCCGGACUUGGAGCGCGCCGUGCAGCUGGGGAGAGGGAAGAGAAGAAAGAGGGAGAAGAAGCGAGAGAAGGGAGGGGAGUGGUGGAAAAAGUCGACCGGGACCCCAUUCCUCCCCAGAGCCGGGGCCAGCGCCCCCGGGGUCCCCAGCCCCCGGCCGCCCCGGGGGUGCGGAGGGGAGCGGGGAGCCGGCGGGACCUCCCUGCGCCCCUCCAUCGCCGGGGUCCCGCUUGUGGGGAGCGAAACCCUUCGGCUCUCCCCCUUCUUCCCUCCCCUCCCUCCUCCCUCCCUCCUUCCUUCCUUCCUUCUCCAGGCUUGGCCCGGGGAGGGAGGGGGGCUCUGCCUGCAGUCUGCCUUCACUCCUGCCCGCCCGGGCGACGCCGGGUUCCCGCCUGCCCCCCGCGGCCCCUCCGGCCGCCCCCCGCGCCCCCCGGGCCAGGUGAGGCUGCGGUGCCGUCCCUCUCGGAUGUAGGCAGGAGAGACCCCGGAUGGAUUUCGGGAGCGUCAUGAACCAGGCUGUGACCCCCUGCUCCCCCACUGUCAACUAUGAGCUGCCAUCCCCGGGGGAGAGCAUCACCAAGCAGGUAGACAGCCUGGAUGCUACAAAAUCCCCCAGGAGYGGGCAGUCACGCUGCAAAACAUCCAGGAGCAUGAGCCUGACUGCAGCCAUGGAGAGCAGCUGUGAGCUGGACCUGGUGUACAUCACGGAGCGGAUCAUCGCCGUCUCCUACCCCAGCGCRGCCGAGGAGCAGAGUUACAGCAGCAACCUCCGUGAAGUGGCCCACAUGCUCAAGUCCAAGCAUGGGAACAACUAUGUGCUUUUCAACCUCUCUGAGCGGAGACGUGAUGUCACCAAACUUCACCCCAAGGUGCUGGAUUUUGGGUGGCCCGACAUGCACACCCCUGCGCUGGAGAAGAUCUGCAGCAUUUGCAAAGCUAUGGAYACGUGGCUCAACGCGGCAACACACAACGUGGUGGUGCUGCACAACAAGGGGAACCGUGGCCGGCUGGGGGUGGUGGUGGCUGCCUACAUGCACUACAGCAACAUCUCAGCCAGUGCUGAGCAGGCUCUGGACAGGUUUGCCAUGAAGCGCUUCUACGAGGACAAGGURGUGCCGGUGGGACAGCCAUCCCAGAAGAGGUACAUCCAUUACUUCAGUGGGCUCCUCUCUGGCAGCAUCAAGAUGAACAACAAGCCCCUCUUCCUCCACCACGUCAUCAUGCACGGCAUCCCCAACUUUGAGUCCAAAGGCGGUUGUCGGCCCUUCCUGAAAAUCUACCAGGCCAUGCAGCCCGUCUACACCUCGGGGAUCUACAAUGUGCAAGGAGACAGCCAGACGGGCAUCUGCAUCACCAUUGAGCCUGGCCUGCUGCUCAAGGGCGAUAUCUUGCUGAAGUGCUACCACAAGAAGUUUCGCAGCCCUACCCGUGACGUGAUUUUCCGUGUGCAGUUCCACACGUGUGCUGUGCAUGACCUUGACGUCGUCUUUGGCAAGGAGGACCUGGAUGAGGCCUUCAGAGAUGACCGCUUCCCCGAGUAUGGGAAGGUGGAGUUUGUGUUCUCCUAUGGCCCUGAGAAGAUCCAAGGCAUGGAGCACCUGGAGAAUGGGCCCAGUGUUUCUGUGGACUACAACACAUCCGACCCACUCAUCCGRUGGGACUCCUACGAGAACUUCAACAUCCAGCGCGAGGACAGUGCAGAGGGGGCCUGGGCUGAGCCGCCCCUGCCCAGCAAGCACCUGGAGAAAGAGGUUGGGCACACGCAAGGGCCCCUGGAUGGGAGCCUCUACGCUAAAGUGAAGAAGAAAGACUCCCUCCACGGCAGCACCGGUGCCGUCAACGCUGCCCGACUCCCGCUCUCGGCAGCACCCAACCACGUCGAGCACACACUCUCAGUGAGCAGCGACUCGGGCAACUCCACCGCCUCCACCAAGACCGACCGGACCGAUGAGCCGGGGGUGACYGGGGCACCCAGUGGCCAGGCGGUGCUGAGCCCCGAGGAGAAGCAGGAGCUGGAUCGUCUCCUUGUKGGCUUUGGCUUGGAGAGCGCGCCGCCCAUGCACAACCACGUGCCCGGCCCCGUGCCGGCACGCCUGCCCGCCAUGCCGGGCCGCCACGUGGUGCCGGCUCAGGUGCACGUCAACGGGAACGCCGCGGCGCUGGUGGCCGAGCGGGAGACGGAUAUCUUGGAUGAUGAGCUGCCCAACCAGGACGGGCACAGCGUGGGCAGCCUGGGCACGCUCUCCUCCUUGGAUGGCACCACCACUGCCAGUGAGGCCGGCUACCAGGAGGCGCCCCGGGUGGGCAGCCUGUCCUCCCUGCCCAACGGCCCCUCGAGCUGCAAUGGGGCUGAGAAGCUGCUGAAGGAGGGGCUGUACGACAGUGAGCCGCUCUCCAAUGGUGGCUACCUCUACAACAACCAGAACACCCUGAUGGGUCACCACCUCCGUGACACKCUGCCUUCCUUGCGGCCCUCGGCAUCCACUCAGGAGCACCUGGGUGGCUACCCACAGCGCCUGCCGGGCUCCCACACCCCGGGGUGGCUCCAGCCUCAGCCGCUGCCCACCUCCCAGCCCUACCUGUAUGCCUACGACCACCCUGGAACCUACCGCUCCCGGUCCUUCCCGGCAGUGGACACUGCCAAGUACGACGUGAACCCGGCGUUGCCCCAGGCCCCGGCUCGCAGCACCAGCAGCCGGGAGGCUGUGCAGAGGGGCUUGAAUUCCUGGCAACAGCAAGGAGGAAGCCGGCCACCUUCCCGGCUGCAGGAGGGCGGCAUGGAGAGCCACAGCCCCAGCAUCUCCAGCUGCAGCCCCCAGCCCAGCCCACUGCAGACGGUGCCCCCGCACAGCCAUAGCAUGCCCGAAUUCCCGCGGGCGCCCUCUCGCCGGGAGAUUGAGCAGUCCAUCGAAGCGCUGGAUGUCCUCAUGCUGGACCUCGCACCCGCUGUCCAUAAGUCGCAGAGUGUGCCUUCCACCUCCCGWCAGGACAAGCCAGCUGGACCCCUGCCCUCCUCCCUUUCGACCCAGCCCAUUGCUGGUCUCUACGCCCGGCCAACUCCGCAGGUGGCCCAGCCGAGGUCCUUCGGCACAUCCGCGAGCCCCGUGGUCUCUGAGCCCGGGGGCAAAGCCUUUUCUCCCGGAGAGCUGGACUAUGGGGUGCAUGAGUAUCGGGAAACCUAUUCGCCCUACAGCUACCCGCUGGCACCGCUGUCAGAGCCCAGGAGCUACAGCCAUGCCCCAGCCGGAGCACAGAUGGGCACUGUCCCGCUCGGCACCUCGUGCUACAGCCCUGUGGGGUCUCAGCAGCAACUCACCUCCUCCCCACCUUCCCCCACCGUCCCAGCACAAACCCAGAUGCCCCACAAGGGACCGGAGAGCUAUGAAGACCUGUCGAGGUCGGCAGAAGAGCCCUUGAAUCUGGAGGGCCUGGUGGCCCACAGGGUGGCAGGGGUGCCAUCCCGGGAGAAGCCUGUGGAGGAGAGCGUUGUCCCCGCUCGCAAGCGGACCCCCAGCGACAGCCACUAUGAGAAGAGCUCGCCAGAGCCCGGCUCACCCCGCAGCCCCACCGUCCUCUCGCCUGAGGUGGUCAGCACCAUCGCAGCCAACCCUGGAGGGAGGCCCAAGGAGCCUCACCUCCACAGCUACAAGGAAGCCUUUGAGGAGAUGGAGGGURCCUCCCCCACCAGCCCACCCUCCAGCGGCGGUGAGAUUUCUCCCCCCACCCCAGCCUUCCCUGUGUCACCACAAACCCCUUACUCCAACACCUUGCGUUCUCCCCCCGGCCUGGCCAAGACCCCGCUCUCAGCGCUGGGGCUCAAACCCCACAACCCGGCUGAGAUCCUUCUGCAUCCAGUGGGAGAGCUAGAAGGGGAAGCAUGCGGUGACUCUGAAGAAGAGCCCAGGAGUUAUGUCGAGUCAGUGGCCCGCACAGCCACAACGGGCAGGGGAGGGACACUACCCGCUGUCCAGCCUGCUGUCCAGCCCGCUGUCCAACCUGCUGUCCAGCCUGCUGUCCAGCCCGGAGGCCCAGAGAUGCCCACCAGGAAUGGCACUUUCUCCAACUCCUUCAUGGCCCCCAGCCCCGUGUCCACCAGCAGCCCUAUUCACAGCAUGGACGGGGCUUCCCUCCGCAGCUACCCGUCAGAAGGCAGCCCCCACGGCACGGUUACGCCUCCCCACGCCUCAGCUGAGCCCGUGUACCGCUCGCCUGUUGGCUCACAGAUGCCCUCUGCUCACAGCAGCUACCAAAACUCGUCUCCAUCUUCCUUUGCCAUGGUCCAUGGAGGGGUCCCGGGCUCAGCACACAGCAGCCCUGACUACCCUGAUGGCCGAGCUGGCCUCCAGCUGGAACCCCAAGCUCGGCCACAGCCCCAGGUCAAUGUGGUGGGGGUCCACACCCUGCCAGGGAGCCCCCGCAGCCUGCACCGGACAGUGGCUACGAAUACACCGCCCAGCCCUGGCUUCGGGCGAAGAGCCAUCACCCCCAGCAUGAGUGGCGCUCCCGGCAGCCCCGGGCUGGGCAGACAUGCUGUGGUGGCCCACGGCAACCUGGUGGCCCCACCAGGGAGCCCCAGCCUGCCCAGGCACCAAGCAGCGGCAGCCAGCUCCCCUGGCAGCCCCCUGUAYGGCUACUCCAGCCCGGAGGAGAGGCACCUGACGCUGUCUCGGCAGAGCAGCUCCUCUGGCUACCAGCCUCCCUCCACACCGUCCUUCCCUGUGUCCCCAGCGUACUACCCUGGCACGAGCACRCCGCACUCCUCCUCCCCGGACUCGGCUGCCUACCGCCAGGGCAGCCCCACGUCGCAGCCCGCGCUGCCCGAGAAGCGGCGGAUGUCGGCCGGGGACCGCUCCAACAGCCUCCCCAACUAUGCCACUGUCAACGGCAAGGUGUCCUCGCCUCUCUCCAGCGGCAUGUCCAGCCCCAGCGGCRGCAGCGCCGUCGCCUUCUCCCACACUCUGCCAGACUUCUCCAAGUUCUCCAUGCCAGACAUCAGUCCCGAGACUCGUGCCAAUGUCAAGUUUGUGCAGGAUACUUCGAAGUACUGGUACAAACCAGACAUCUCCAGGGAGCAGGCCAUUGCCCUGCUGAAGGACAGGGAGCCGGGGGCUUUCAUCAUCCGAGACAGCCACUCCUUCCGGGGAGCCUACGGCCUUGCCAUGAAAGUUGCUUCUCCGCCUCCCACGGUCGUGCAGCAGAACAAGAAAGGAGACUUGACCAACGAACUGGUGAGGCACUUCCUCAUCGAGACCAGCUCACGGGGUGUGAAACUAAAAGGAUGUCCCAACGAGCCUAAUUUUGGCUGUCUCUCCGCGCUGGUGUACCAGCACUCCAUCACACCCUUGGCCCUGCCCUGCAAGCUGGUCAUUCCUGACCGAGAUCCCAUGGAGGAAAAGAAAGACUCUGCAUCAGCCACCAACUCAGCCACGGACCUCCUCAAACAGGGUGCAGCCUGCAACGUCCUCUUCAUCAAUUCCGUGGAGAUGGAGUCUCUGACGGGGCCCCAGGCCAUCUCGAAGGCUGUUGCUGAGACGCUGGUGGCUGACCCCGCGCCCACAGCUACCAUUGUUCACUUCAAAGUCUCUGCACAAGGCAUCACCUUAACGGACAACCAGAGGAAAUUGUUCUUCCGAAGACACUACCCCCUCAAUACUGUCACCUUCUGUGACUUGGACCCCCAGGAACGAAAGUGGACUAAAACUGAUGGCAGUGGACCAGCCAAGCUCUUCGGUUUUGUGGCCAGGAAGCAAGGGAGCACCACAGACAACGUCUGCCACCUCUUUGCUGAGCUGGACCCAGACCAGCCAGCUGCAGCCAUCGUCAACUUUGUCUCCAGGGUCAUGCUUGGCUCCGGCCAGAAGAGAUGAGCUGGCGCUUGCGGGUGAUUCUUGAAUUUUGGAGAAGGACUUGGAGCUGAUCCGAGAAGGAGUGUGAGGAAGUGAAUUAUGGGAGAGGGAAGUGAAUUGGGGGGGGAAAAGGGUUGGAAUUUUGGAGGAAAGCAGCAAACAACAAAAAACCCCAACGAAACCCCUAAAAACUCAACACAAGCCAAACACACACAUAGAGGARCCAAAACCACGCACCUACAAAAGAGAGCCACAAAGUCACGCCAGACAGGAUGCAUGUCCCAUCGCAGGGAAGGUGACCAAAGCAAAGGCGGCAGUGAGAGGUGUGUUCCCAGCCUUCAGCAUCAUGGCCUCGAGUGGUGACAUCCAUUUGGGACUGAAUGUGGGACCAUGACUGGUGUUCUCCAUCUGUUAAAAACAGAGCCAACUGGCAAAACCCAUGGAAGCAGCUCCAUCCCAGCAGCUCCAAAUGCUGUGUGUUUGAACUGACCAUAGGAGAUAACRACGUGGGCUGGGUCUGUGGGACACCAGAGGAGAUGCUCUCAGAAGCCUUCCCUUGUCCAGCUGCAGAGGAGGGUCCUCACCGGUCCCUGUGUUCCCCCCAAAACCUGCUCGCCACCUGGCAACUUGCUGGGGCGUUGGUCCUGAACCUUCCCAUCCCUGGGGAGCUCGGCCAUGGGCUGACCUUUGCUGACCCAGAGCCCAGCACCAGUCACAGGUGAGACGCUGUGAGUCCACCCAGAAAGGGGGAUCACGGUGUUUCUCCACCUCCCCAGGGGUUCUUGUGCCCCCCAGCCUGCGAGGAGGUGUGGGGGUUCCUGCUGCCCUGCGCCUGGGGAAGGUGUAUACUCCCAGGAACCCAGAGGAUGCCGAAAGUCAUCUCCUCUUCCAUCUUCCCCUUUUCCCUCCCGUCACUAGUCCUCUUUGGCAGUUUUCUCCUGCAGCCUGUCACAUUCUCUUAACACAAAAAAAGCAAAACAGAAAGGAAAGGAAUAAGUGUAAUAAUAAUAAUGAUUAUAAUAAUAGCGGAUGCUGGCACAGGUGGGUUCCCUGUGCAAAGCAGCAGCCCCGUGGCUACCCCUGUCUAGCUCUUCGGAGACACGUAAGCGGUUUUUAAAUUGCAUGGACAUUCAAGUUGCACGAAAGGCGAAUGACUACAAGUAACUCAGGCGCUUUUUUCUCCUUUUGUUUUGGAGGCCACGUUAAAAAAAUAAAAAGAAGGAAGAAAAUUAAAAAAAAAAAAAAGAAUAAAAGGAAGGGAC